AGUGACUCGACUCCGCCCUUGUGUUCCGGAAAUAACCGAAGUGACGAGAAAGCCCCGCCUCCCUCUUCCGGACACAGUCGAAGCCUCGCUUAGCCCUACCCUCUUUUUCCGGAAACUGCCGAGGCUCCUAGGUAAGUGUGGAGCGGCUGCCUCGUCUUCCUCUCCAGGAGAACCAGCAGCAGAGGAGGCAGUGAGGGCGCUGCGCUCUCACACCGGCCGCACAGCUCUCCGCCAUGUCCGAGUUCGACGAGUUCGAGCGGCAGCUGAACGAGAACAAGCAAGAGCGAGAUAAGGAGAACCGCCAUCGAAAACGCAGUCAUAGUCGCUCUAGAAGCCGUGACCGAAAACGGCGGAGUCGCAGUAGAGACAGACGAGCUAGAGAACAGCGUAGUGGAUCCAGGGAUCGGCGGAGACGCAGUCGGUCACCAAGGCAUGAAAAGAAAAAGAAGGUCCGUAAAUACUGGGAUGUGCCACCUCCUGGCUUUGAACAUAUCACUCCCAUUCAGUAUAAAGCCAUGCAAGCUGCUGGCCAGAUUCCUGCUACAGCUCUACUUCCAACCAUGACACCUGAUGGGCUAGCUGUUACACCCACACCUGUGCCUGUUGUGGGCAGUCAGAUGACCAGACAAGCCCGGCGUCUCUACGUUGGAAAUAUUCCUUUUGGGAUAACGGAGGAAGCAAUGAUGGACUUCUUUAAUGCUCAGAUGCGUCUUGGUGGGUUAACACAGGCCCCAGGAAACCCAGUCCUUGCUGUACAGAUCAACCAAGACAAAAAUUUUGCAUUCUUGGAGUUCCGGUCUGUUGAUGAAACAACACAAGCCAUGGCUUUUGAUGGAAUAAUUUUCCAAGGCCAGUCAUUAAAGAUCCGGCGUCCUCAUGAUUACCAACCAUUGCCUGGCAUGUCUGAAAACCCGUCUGUGUAUGUUCCAGGGGUGGUAUCCACUGUUGUCCCAGACUCUGCACACAAGCUAUUCAUUGGAGGUUUACCCAACUAUCUGAAUGAUGACCAGGUAACCAUGGCGUCAUUAAGCCUAUGGGUCAAAGAGUUGCUUACGUCUUUUGGACCUUUGAAAGCUUUUAAUUUGGUAAAAGACAGUGCUACUGGCCUAUCUAAAGGAUAUGCCUUCUGUGAAUAUGUGGACAUCAAUGUCACAGAUCAGGCCAUUGCUGGACUUAAUGGCAUGCAACUGGGAGACAAAAAGCUUCUUGUACAAAGAGCAAGUGUUGGUGCAAAGAAUGCAACACUGAGCACAAUAAACCAGACUCCAGUGACACUGCAGGUUCCUGGGCUCAUGAGUUCCCAAGUGCAGAUGGGAGGUCAUCCAACAGAGGUAUUGUGUCUCAUGAAUAUGGUUUUGCCCGAAGAGCUGCUGGAUGAUGAUGAAUAUGAGGAGAUUGUGGAAGAUGUAAGAGACGAGUGCAGCAAAUAUGGCAUUGUUAAAUCUAUUGAAAUACCGCGCCCAGUUGAUGGCGUGGAAGUCCCUGGAUGUGGCAAGAUAUUUGUGGAAUUCACUUCAGUCUUUGACUGUCAGAAAGCCAUGCAAGGACUCACAGGACGCAAGUUUGCUAACAGAGUGGUGGUUACAAAAUAUUGUGAUCCGGAUGGUUACCAUCGUCGUGACUUCUGGUAGAUGUAGUUGAGUACUGAAUACGGAGUGGAAAGAGAAAUUGAGCUUCAGAGAGGGAUGCAGAAGCUCAGAAGGACAUACCUGUCUUCUCUCCUCCCCCACCUAUCUCCUUGUUUUAUAUUUUAUUUUUUUUAUUUUGUUUUGUUUGUUUUUUUUUCACCCUUCCAGGAGGCUUUUUUCUGAUCAAGUGUUUGUAUUUUAUGGCCAAAUUGUUUUGUCACUCCACAACUGCAUUUUCUCUUUUUAAAGUAUACAUUAAAAACAUUUAUUCCCUGCCCAACCCCUUGUCAAUGCAAAACAAAUCCUGGAAAACUCCCUUUUGGCCCCAUGGACCAUGAGAAAUGUUGGUGGUUAUACUGUAGUAAUAUGUUGUCGCUCCCUAAUUUCUUUCUGUGGCAGUUUCAUAUUUGCAAAGUCAAAUUGCUAAUUAAAAAAACAUUUUGUUGUAUUUUACUUUUUAUUCUUUAUUGACCUAUUUUUUUUUUUUUUUCCCCCUGUUUACUCCCCUACAAGUUAAAAAAAAAAAACAAAAACAAAAAAAAAACAUUGAUUUCUAUAUAGAUGUCAAACUUUUUCCUAUUCUAACUUUCAUAUGUUCAGGACAUCUGUUCAUGCAUGGAAUUAGAGAAGAUUUAACAAUUACAGAUCAGGCAUCCUUUUUUGGAAACAAAGUAAAUUUCAAGAGUCAAUUGACCAUUUGUGUUGUCCAUGUAAUGUCACAAACUGUUUAGUGUUUUCUAGAGUUACCUAAUCCUGCCCCCCUUGUCAUUAAUGAAUAGUUAAACCAAGAUCUGCAUUUUUCCUGUAAAUAGAGCCUGUGUCAUUCCAACAUACAAUGAGAGGGUGCCCACAUUUUAUGUACACUAAGGACAGAAUGUUUAAAAAUAAAUGAAAAUGGUAGCAUA